GAGUUCCGGAACAGAGGCGGGAGCUGGAAGGAGCACGGUUUCCUUUGCGAGGCUCAGCUGUCUCUCGUCUCCGGAGGGAUGGCGGCUCCGCUGCUUCGCACGCGGCUCCCCGCGGAUGCGCCAGCUUCAGCAACUACGAUAAAGACGCUGGCCGCGUCAAGGACAGGGAUUUCAGAUAUGCUUGCAUUAAAGAAUGAUUUCUUCAAUUCUCCUCCAAGAAAAACUGUUCGGUUUGGUGGAACUGUGACAGAAGUCUUGCUGAAAUACAAAAAGGGUGAAACAAAUGACUUUGAGUUGUUGAAGAAGCAGCUGUUGGAUCCAGAUAUAAAGGAUGACCAGAUCAUUAACUGGCUGCUAGAAUUCCGCUCUUCUAUCAUGUACUUGACAAAAGACUUUGAGCAGCUUAUCAGCAUUUUGUUGAGAUUGCCUUGGUUGAACAGAAGUCAAACAGUGGUGGAGGAGUAUUUGGCUUUUCUUGGUAAUCUAGUGUCAGCACAGACUGUCUUCCUUAGGCCAUGUCUCAGCAUGAUUACUUCUCAUUUUGUACCUCCCCGAGUGAUCAUUAAGGAAGGUGACAUAGAUGUUUCAGAUUCUGAUGAUGAAGAUGAUAAUCUUCCUGCAAAUUUUGACACAUGUCACAGAGCCUUGCAAAUAAUAGCAAGAUAUGUCCCAUCGACACCAUGGUUUCUUAUGCCAAUACUGGUAGAAAAAUUUCCGUUUGUUAGAAAAUCAGAAAGAACCUUGGAAUGUUACGUUCAUAAUUUACUAAGGAUAAGUGUCUAUUUUCCAACCUUAAGGCAUGAAAUUCUAGAACUUGUUAUUGAAAAGCUACUCAAGUUGGAUGUGAAUGCAUCAAGGCAAGAUAUUGAAGAUGCUGAGGAGACAGCAGCUCAAGCUUGUGGCGGGACAGGUUCUGUGGAAGGCUUGUUUAAUAUGGAUGAAGAUGAAGAAACCGAACACGAAACAAAGGAUAGUCCUGAGCGGCUUGGUCAGAUGGUCCAUCAUGUAGCUGAACGCCUGGACAUCCUGCUGUCCUUGCUUUUGUCCUAUAUCAAGGAUGUCUGCUAUGUGGAUGGUAAGAUCGAUAACAACAAAACAAAGGAUUUAUAUCGCGAUUUGAUAGCCAUCUUUGACAAACUCCUGUUGCCCACCCAUGCCUCCUGCCAUGUACAGUUUUUCAUGUUUUACCUUUGUAGCUUCAAAUUGGGCUUUGCAGAAGCAUUUUUGGAACAUCUGUGGAAAAAAUUACAGGAUCCAAAUAAUCCUGCCAUCAUCAGGCAAGCUGCUGGAAAUUAUAUUGGGAGCUUUUUGGCAAGAGCUAAGUUUGUUCCUCUUAUUACUGUAAAGUCAUGCCUCGAUCUCUUGGUUAACUGGCUGCACAUAUACCUUAAUAACCAGGAUUCAGGAGCAAAGGCUUUUUGUGAUGUUGCUCUACAUGGCCCAUUUUAUUCAGCCUGCCAAGCUGUGUUUUACACCUUUGUUUUUAGACACAAACAGCUUUUAGACGGAAACCUAAAAGAAGGUUUAAGGUACCUUCAGAGUCUAAAUUUUCAGCGUAUAGUGAUGAGCCAACUAAACCCUCUGAAGAUUUGCCUGCCAUCAGUGGUUAACUUCUUUGCUGCUAUCACAAAUAAAUACCAGUUAGUCUUCUGCUACACUGUCAUUGAGAGGAACAACCGGCAGAUGCUACCAGUUAUUAGAAACACAGCUGGAGGGGACUCAGUGCAGACCUGCACAAAUCCUCUUGAUACCUUCUUCCCCUUUGAUCCUUGUGUGCUUAAGAGGUCAAAGAAAUUCAUUGAUCCUAUUUAUCAGACAUGGGAAGACAUGAGUGCUGAAGAGCUUCAGGAAUUUCAGAAACCUGUUAAAACGGAGAUAGUAGAAGAUGAAGAUGAUGACUUUUUGAAAAGUGACGUGCCUCAGAACGAUUCUGUGAUUGGGAUUACACCGAGCUCCUUUGAUGCACAUAUCCGAAGUCCUUCCAGUAGUGUGGGCUCCCCACCUACGUUAUACAUGCCUGUCCAGGCCCCUUUGAUCUCAAGAAUUCAUGAUUGAGGUGCAUUGCUCUUCCCAGCAUGGCCUUCAGUGUCCAGCCUCACACUGCUUAGGCGUUGACUGGACUGUAGUACAUACGCAGGCACUGUAUGUUGUACUUACACUUCACCUAGUAUCUGAAUAGACAUUUUUUUGUUAUGUUUUCUUCUUUUGCUCCCCUUACAGACAAAAAGAACAGACUAUCAUGUGCAAUAUUUUACAGAGGGGUUAAUGAUAAAUGUUGAAGACUGCUUGAUAAUUUAAUGUAUUUUUUAAUGUCAUUGUAUAAUUUUUAAUAUGAGCAUUAGCCCAUUUUAACAAAUUGCCUUUUUUAACAUAGGUUCUUUUUAGAGCCAUAGUCACAGGACUUUCUUGGUCUGAUUUCAGAAAAAUCCUUUAAAAUAAAUCCUGUAUUUAAAAACUAGAAUGUUGCCGGUCAUGGUGGCACACACCUGUAAUCCCA